CGGCCUUCAAGAUUUCGGACUCAUAGCACUUCUCACUCUUAUGGCUGGAGGACUGGGUGUCAAGCACGCGGUUCGGCUGGAUUCGCCUCGGAUAUAUUCAAUUAAUAUUGGCCAUCAAUGAGACUCGCAGUUCUUCCUAGGCCUUCGGUAUGGGCGCAAUGCCGAGCCAUAUCUGGGCAGACCCCCAGAGCCCUGGGGCGAAGAACCACUCGUCCAUCUCUCACUCAACUGUCGAAGGCCUUGAGCCAGUCACGUCCCAGCCAUCAACGGGUGCUUGGGUUCCACGAAGCAGGCAAGAAGUCCUCGCCGCUUGUUGGUGAAACACCAACGCCGGAAAUCGCCAUACCGACGUUGGCGCCCUAUCAACCACCACAAUCUGGAAUUCUGUCGAAGCUUCCAGCCUCAUGGAUUCCGUACGCUGAAUUGAUUCGCCUUGACAAGCCGGCCGGAACCUACUAUCUGUUCUUCCCAUGUCUCUUCUCAACUCUCUUGGCUGCUCCGAUGGCCGCCCCGAUGGCGAGUCCUGGAUCCGUCAUUGGCACUUCCCUGUUGUUCUUCUCGGGCGCUCUGAUAAUGCGGAGUGCAGGGUGCUCAAUCAACGACCUCUGGGACAGAAACCUAGAUCCCCAUGUCACCAGAACUCGCCUAAGGCCGAUCGCCCGCGGUGCCAUCACACCAUUCAAAGGCCUUGUAUACACGGGAGGCCAACUCCUUGCUGGACUAGUCGUACUGCUUCAGUUUCCCCUCCCCUGCUUCUUUUAUGCUGUUCCAAGCUUGCUCUUCGUCGCUAGCUAUCCGCUUGCGAAGAGGGUCACCUAUUACCCUCAGUUCGUUCUGGGACUGACGUUUUCGUGGGGCGCAAUCAUGGGAUUUCCCGCUCUCGGAGUCGACCUGUUGACACACUCGUCAGCUUCGACUGCCGCUGGUUUUCUCUACGCCUCCAACGUUGCAUGGACAGUGCUCUAUGAUAUGAUUUAUGCCCACAUGGAUAUCAAGGACGACGUCAAGGCAGGAAUCAAGAGCAUUGCACUGAAACACGAUGCAGAAACCAAGCAAGUCCUGGCUGGACUUGCUGUUACUCAAGUAAGUCUCCUGGCGGCAGCGGGUGUGGCUGCUGGUGCUGGGCCAACGUUCUUCAUUGGAAGUUGUGGAGGAGCCUUGGUCGCACUUGGGGUAAUGAUCAAGCGAGUCAACCUCAAGAAUGUCAAGGAUUGUUGGUGGUGGUUUAUCAAUGGUUGUUGGAUCACUGGCGGCGUCAUCAGUCUCGGAAUGGCAGCCGACUAUGGCGUCAAGUACAUCCAAGAACCUGAGGAACGUAGCUAG